AAAUCUAAGAAAGGUGGAGACUUCGGGAUAACUUCCUGCACAGUACUCUCAAGAAUCAUACCUCAUACUUAAACAACAGGCCGACAACAAAACCAAGUCGAAUGGAUUUGUAGCGCAAAUAAACACUCUAACAAGCACUUCUCCCUCACGAUUCCACGCAUAAGUAGGAUUUACCGCUAGCAUCCAGCCUGCUAGCUACCAUCAGCUACCAGGACGGCAGAUUGUAGACAUCAGAUCAAGACGCUUUCGUAUCGAAGGACAGUAUGGUCGAGGUGGUGGUGGAGUAUGAGUAUGAAGCCCUCCAAGAAGAUGAGUUGACCCUCAGGCUCGGAGAUGUGAUCAAAAACGUGCGACGAAUUGAGGAAGAGGGAUGGAUGGAAGGAGACCUCAACGGGAAACGAGGCCUUUUCCCGGACAACUUUGUAAAGGAGGUGAAAAAAGAUGAUCCAAAGUCCAAAGAGGAGUCAAAGGAGGCUAAAGAAAAGGAAGUGAAAAUCGAGAAUCAAAUACAGCGGCGAGCAUCAGGGAAUGUUGCGAGCCUGGUACAGAGGAUCAGUACCUAUGGCAUCCCGGCAGGAGGAAUUGGCUUGCCUCCCCAAUCUCAUCCCCGUGCCUCAAAAAAGAAGCUCAAGAAGCGUCAGUGCAAAGUCCUGUUUGAUUAUCUGCCUCUGAAUGAAGACGAGCUGGAACUGAAGGUUGGAGAUAUCAUUGACAUCACUGAGGAGGUUGAGGAGGGCUGGUGGAGCGGAAGCAUGAAUGGGAAGUCUGGACUCUUUCCUUCCAACUUUGUCAAAGAAAUAGAAUCAACUGAAGACACCGAGACGAGCGAUGUAACAGAAGAGCCAGAUGGCAUAGAUGGAGCGACUAGCCCCACGUCCCCUUACCAAGGCAACGGGGUCAUGGCCCAACCGAAGAAGAUUAAAGGUGUCGGAUUUGGCAACAUAUUCAGAGAGGGAUCUGUAAAACUCAGAGCCUCUCAAAGAACACCACCUGAAAAUGAGGAAAAGAAAGAAAAACCAAUCCCAUCAUUACCAUCUGCCACAAAAACCACCUCUUUGAGCACUCCUGAACCCCCUAAGGGAGAAAAAGAAGCAGAGAGCAAAGGAAAAGUAAAAGAAUACUGUAAGGCCAAAUUCCACUAUGAAGCAACUAACCAAGAUGAGCUGGAUUUAAAGGAGGGUGACAUCAUCCACAUACUGAGCAAGGACACAGGAGAGCCAGGCUGGUGGAGAGGAGAGAUCAACGGCCGAGAGGGAGUUUUCCCAGACAACUUUGUAGCUCCGCUUCCUGAGACAGGCAAAGAGACACUCCCAUCCAAAGGCUUCGUUAAAGCUUCUCCUAAACCGGAACCAGAGGAGAAGCCAAAGAAGCCCCCACCACCAUCUAAAACCCCAGCCCUGAAACCAGAGGCCCCCAGUGUGGACAAGAAGCCCCCGCAGUCACGGCCUGAAGAUAAAGUUGCCAAGCCCUUGCCUGAGAAGCCGGCCAAACCUGCUGGCCCCAUCGUGCCCCCGAAAAAACCUGUGCCUCCCAGCAAGGCACUUCUACGUCCUUCCAUCCACACAAAACGACCUGACUUGCCUCUCAUUCCAUCACCAUCACCAGCCGCCAAGCAAGUGCAAAAUGGAGAAGUUCCCCAUAUACGAACAAAGUCAGAGAGCGAACCUGUACCCAUCAAGCCAAAAACUGUGGACAGCAGUGAGAAGAAUUCAGAAACGGUUAAUCUCAUGAGUUUUGACGAUGUCUCCUCGGUCUCGGAGAAGUUGACCCACCCUACCGCACAGCGACCAAAGAUGCCUGGCAAAAGACCUCCUGGUCACAGAGGCCACUCCCCGAGCAAUGAAAUUGCUGAGAAAGCUGAGAAAAUCGAUAAGGUGGAUGAAGUUGAAACUGCAUCUUCCACGCCAAAUUCGUUCAAGACGUCUGUCUCAUCACCCUUACCAUCUUCGGUGCCUAAAACAGUUUCAGCAACCCAUAUCACGCCUGAGCCCAAACCAAAACCUGACAAGGAAGAGGAGAAAGGAUCUGAACUGGAGGAAAUGAAGACUCAGAUAAAGGAGCUAGUGCUGUCUAUAGAAUUACUCAAGACAAUACAAUCGAGAGAGCUAAGUGAACUCCGAAAAGAGCUGGAUGAUGAACGACUCAAACGAGUGGCCCUGCAGAUGGAGAUAGAAAAACUGAAGAAGAUUGUACAAUCAACAUGAAAUCAGGCAUCCUGAACUGAACUGAUGGCUCCGCUGAUGUAUCACGAGUGGAAAGCGACCUUCAGAUGAAGCGUCGGAUAUCGUUCAUGUCAUCUUUACACUCACUGACUUGCUCCACAAAUUGUAAGAUUCAAAUAUUUGCACAUGAUGAGGUUUUUUUUCUAGGUUUAGAAAAGUGUAAUUAUGACAGAUGUAUAUGUUUGGUGUCCUUUUUUUUUUUUUUUUUUUGCCAACAAAAAUGAUUGAAGCCUUACUUUACUACUGUGCUGGAUAUGCAGUCUGUGCACUUACUGAGAAGUGCAGUGGAUUAUGCAUUCAAAACUACUGAGCCUGUAUAAAUGUUGGAUUAUGUUAUUUCUUUGCUUUUUUAUGACAUGGGUUAGUUUUAAAAAAAACUUAUGAUCUCAGCAAUAUUCUGUCUAUAUUAGCCUCUCUAGAUGAUUAUCAAAUGUAUGGCAUACUAUUGUUUCCAUAGGGAUGAUGUAUUCUGUUUGUUUGUUUGUUUGUUUGUUUGUUUAUUUGUUUGUUCGAAAGGGAGAAUGUUUAUUUUUUGUUUUUCUCUAACAUUCCUAUCCAGGGUAACACUAUUGUGCCUGUUAAGAUUUUUACAAGUGUUAAUACUGGGAGAUCUCAUACUAUAUAAAUAUAAAUAUAUACAUACAAACAUACACAAACACACACAUAUAUAUAAUAUAUGUUUGUGUGUUUAUGUGUGUAUAUACUUAGAUCUACAGCAUGAUAUAUUUUUAUUGUCUACUGAUUGUGACAUCAUAAAGAAAAUGUACUGGGUUUUUGUAUCUGUCUCUGGUUUAAAACAUUCAGACUUCAGCGAGCAGUGUAAUUUCCCCAUAUGAAUGGCAAGAAAUCCAUUUUGCAAUUUAAGCUGCAGUUUAAUGGCACAUAUUGCCAGUGGUUUUGAUCUGCUGAUCCACCCCCUUGAACGUAUAACAGUGAAACAUGGAAAUUGGAAAGAUUUUUUUUGUUUUUUGGCACAAGCCUUUCUGAAAAUGCUUUCUACUUGACUGGUUGGCUAGUUGAAACAGCUGGCACGAUCUAAUACAGGUGUUAAACCACAGUCAAACAUGGGAGCUUGUUUAAAAAAAUAAAACAAUACUCUGUCUUUUAACAUCAACCAGAAAUAAUGUAUCCACACCGGCUGUGCUGUAGAAGUACUGCUGACCAAAAUUGAUUUUUUUAUCAAUUGGUUCUGAUCCUAGAAACAUGCAGUAAAUUAAGCACUUUCAGGUACAAUGAAAAGUGCCCAUUCCUCAGGCCUCUUAAACUAAAAAUACAUUUUUAAUGCAUUCCUGAUCAGGGAUUGUAUGUUUGUCUCUGUGUGAGAUUGAGGUUGCUGAAGCGGAAGGAUGACAGGUUGAUCCCUAAAGCAAUAAACAGACAUCCCUUUUUUGGUUUCCAUUUUUCCAUUGGUUCUCCCAUUUUUCAUUGUUGGAAGAAUUUGUUUAUGUUUUGUUUUGUUGCAACAGCUUUAAAGGAUCUCUCGUGAAAGUACAUAGGAAAGAAAUUAUUCAUCUCUGUCAUCUGAAAUUUGGUAGAACACAUUCCAUUUUAUUGUUUUAAGAUCUGUUGUGCGCAUUCAGCAUUUAUCAAAAUGAUCUUGUUUACAUGAUUAACACCCCCCAAACUAAAUAAAUGUCAUGUUUAUUUACAGAGA